AUGAAGUCAAUGCUAGUCACAGCUCUGCUUGUUUCUGUUGCCUUUGUCGAUGCUUCCAACAGUAGGCUUGUCAGUUAAUUUUUGAAUAUAAACCUCUCGUAGUCAUACAUGAAGUGCGAAUGAACAAAAACUUCGAAAUUGUCAUAAAAGUCGAUGCCUCAAGUUCGGUACGUCAAGCAAGUAUUCUAUACACCGCUGAAGUUCAUUAAAAAUGUCAGCCAAUACUCAAAUUUGUGUUUCGCACAGUUCAGUAAAUCGGACUCAGGAUUCGUCGAAAGCGCGCUCGAGGAAAACUGCGGGGAGCUUAACAUGUGUGUGCAAUUACUACCACGUGAGUGUGCUUAAAAGUACCAGCAUUCAUAUGGAGCUUAUUUCAUACUUAGGCGUUUUUGAUCGAAAGUAGCGAUUUGCACGUUUCCCUUCCAUUUUAUUUCGGUAAGGCAUUAUGUUCGACAAGUGAGUUCUCCAAGGUUCAAUUUUCAGAAUUAAUGAGAGUGCUUUAUAUUGCCGUGUAACUCUGAGUCAAGCCACAUCCUUCCUUAAAUCCUUACUGGUCUUGACUGGUUAGAUUGCAGUUUGCGAAGCACUCAAGCACCUUUUUAUGUUUGUUUGGUUUAGUUUCUUCCAGUGGUAACUCGAAUACUCGUUACGCAAAUCAUUACGCAUACAUUGAUGUUUUCUGUCUUGAAAGGAAGACGCAGCCUUCAAAUAUAUGGAGACCCCAAGACUGGCAAUGCGAGGAUUCUUCUCAUUCCUAAAGAUGCCGGCCUGCAGCACAUCAGAGUAGCGAUUGCGGGAAGUGACAAGUGCUAUCCCCGUACAUAUCUCUAUAAUCGCUUUGCAAUGCUUACGUCGCCAUUUGUGUGCACUGAAUAUUUAAAUUGCUCUGAAUCAUGCAUUGCCAUCGUUUGCAUGCUUAACCUAAUAUGUUGCUCAUUUCAAUUGUGCAUCUUCCAUUGUCAGAGGUCUUUAGUACCUUAUUUACUGAAUCAUUCUGCGCCACACGCGAUUUUAUGGACUCGCUGACACUAGUGUUUGACGAAGACAUUAAGGUAAGUCAACAUUGAUUUGCAUUGCAUGCCGAGCUGCGUUACAAUUUGUUUCAAAUUUUCACGACAUUUACAAUAUUUGAUGCCAUCGUGCCCCCAGCAGUUGCUGCGCAUAUAUGUGUUUUUGUGAAACUUGAUAUUUGCACGAAAUCUCCUUUGAAUUCUGAAGGAAAUAGACUAUGAGAGCCCUAUUUCAAAGUACCCAAAGAAUACGGAUGUUGAUGGUGCGGAGGUGUUUAUACCAUACGGUUAGUUGAAAUUGAAUUUUGACAAACUGAGAAAUGAUAGAUCGGGUCGGGAAUUUAACUGUUAUUUUAAUGUUUCAGAGCAAAUCAAAGGUCAGGAUUAUAAACUCUUGCGGAUCACCGGUAAAAUGGAGGAGACCAGUGUAUCCUUCACACUGAUAAACCCCGAUGGAGUUGAGACAAACUACAUUGUACAGCCAGUCAACAAUUUACAGGUGCAGCGCAAUCCAGUACGGUUCAUCAGAUGGGAGAAAAAAUGCUUAUGCGAGUAA